AAAAAUUGUCUUAUUUAAUUUAACAACUCCGAGCGAUAACCAUGGCGGCCGCGGAUGUUGCAGUGAUGAAGAAUGAUCUUUCGCGCUCGUUGAAGCUAUCCGGACACGUCGGAUUCGACAGCUUGCCGGAUCAGCUGGUCAGCAAGAGCGUCCAGAAUGGGUUCGUGUUCAACAUCAUGUGCAUCGGAGAGACCGGUCUGGGCAAGUCGACACUUAUGGACUCGCUGUUCAACACGAACUUUGAAUCGCAGCCCAGUCCUCACACGAUGCCGAGCGUCAAGCUGAAGGCGCACACGUACGAACUGCAGGAGAGCAUGGUCCGGCUGAAGCUUACCCUUUGCGACACGGUAGGAUACGGCGAUCAGAUCAAUAAGGACGACUCGUUCAAAGCGGUAGUCGACUAUAUUGAUCAGCAGUUCGAGGCGUACCUGCAAGAGGAGCUCAAGAUCAAGCGCUCGCUGUCGUCGUACCACGACAGCCGCACGCACAUCUGCCUGUACUUUAUCUGCCCGACCGGGCACGGUCUGAAGUCGCUGGAUCUGGUGUGCAUGAAGAUGCUCGACUCGAAGGUGAACAUCAUCCCGAUUAUCGCCAAAGCGGACACCAUCUCCAAGACGGAGCUGUCCAAGUUUAAGGCCAAGAUCAACGAGGAACUGCGCGCGAACGGUGUGCAGAUCUACCAGUUCCCGACCGACGACGAGUCAGUGUCGGAGAUCAACACCACGAUGAACUCGCACAUUCCUUUUGCCGUGGUUGGCAGCACGGAUUUUGUGCGUGUCGGUAACAAAACGGUGCGUGCCCGUCAGUACCCGUGGGGCACGGUGCAGGUGGAGAACGAGGCGCACUGCGAUUUCGUGAAGCUGCGGGAGAUGCUGAUCCGCACCAAUAUGGAGGACAUGCGGGAGAAGACGCAUACGCGCCACUACGAACUGUACCGGCAGAAGCGCCUCGAGGAGAUGGGCUUCACGGAUGUGGACAGUGACAACAAGCCGGUUUCGUUCCAGCAGACGUUCGAGGCAAAGCGCAGCAACCAUCUGGCCGAGCUGCAGGCUAAGGAGGACGAGGUGCGCCAGAUGUUUGUCGUGCGCGUCAAGGAGAAGGAAUCCGAGCUGAAGGAGAGCGAAAAAGAGCUCCAUAGCAAAUUCGAUAAGCUGAAGAAAGAUCAUGCCGAAGACAAGCGCAAACUGGAAGAGUCCCGUAAGAAGCUGGAGGAGCAGUUUGUCGAGUUCAACCGGCGCAAAUCGCAAAUGGCCGUCUCGCACCAUACGCUCACGCUUGGCAAGAGCAAAAAGAAAUGAAACGCCUAAAUGCGGCCAUCGAUCGUUCUUACAAAGUUCACCAAUUUGUGUUUCGUUGCAGAUGCUCGUUUGCGCGUUUGCGUUUCUUUUUCUCUCUCUUCAUUUCUCUCCAUCAGCUCGAUAUUCACUGUCGGGAUUUUUGUUUUGGCUUCCGAGAGAGACGAAGCGCGUAAAACAAUAAUUAAAAAAUAUAUGUAUCAUUUUUAACACAGCUCUCAUCCUCGAAUCUAUCUAUCCAAGGGGUACUGUUUCUCCUCGAAGAAUUUUUUACAGUAUGAUUAGGGGUGUUAGUAUAUAGCGGUCUAGUUACUAAUCUUUUCCGGACGGAUGUCAUGACGAGCAAUUCAGUAGGAUAUGUUUUUGAUAAGCCGGUACCCCGGUACCAAAAUUACGAUACAAAUGAAUUAACUCCCCUACCAGAAAUUCCUGAUAGCGUAGGAAAAGAGAAGAUAGGUUCAAGUAUGGAUGAACAUCGUGAAGCCAAAAUUACAACAACAAAAAAAUGAACGAAACAUUUUUAAGCAACUGUUCGCCUUCACUCUGGCACAGAAAACGGGAUGGUAGCACCGACACUAGAUAGAACGUAUUACCAACCAACCAAAAACAAACCACUUAUUCAAAAUCGUUGAAGCGAAUUCGAGUGAUUUUAGGAGCGUGGACGAAUGUUUUCCCCCACCCCGCGAAACCACAAGCCAGUCUCACGUGCAACGGCGGACACCGGAGCUGACGAAAAUCGAUAUUGAAUAGUGCAUCGUAGAGUGACGAUUUUCCCUUUUGUGUGUCGGUCGGUGAAACUGAGUCCAUUUGUGGGUCACGAAACACGGAAAGGAAAUUGAGCAAAAAUCUUACAGAAUUCCACGUCAUCCAACUGCGCUAGGCUGCUUUCAUGUAUUUCACGGCGGGCAGAUAAAUUUAAAAGUAUUACAAUCACAAAAGAUGGGGCGAUGGCUUACUGACAAACCCGUGGAAAUGCAGCUGAAGUUUUAAUUCGCAAUCUGUUUGGUAAUUUUAAGCAAAACUUCGAACGCAUAAAAUACAUACGACAGGAGAAAAGUCACACAAAGAUUUUAUUUACCGUUUGCUUACGAAGGUUACGAGGCAAUGUCCUUCGAGGUAUUGCGCGUGCAAAUAUAUAUUUAAUGUAUCUAUACCGCCUAAAAUAACAGUCUUAUUACGAU